AUGUCGACCGGAGGCGUGGUCUACAAAGACCUACUACCCAUCCCGGAUACGGAUCCUACAGAACAUGAGGGGAAGUCUACUACACUACGCAAUGCACCGACAGAGAGCCACGCGCUAGCUCUAGAUGCUGCGAAGUCAGCGCCUCCAGAAGAAAAAGGUGCAGCGCAAAUAGCCCAUGGAGAUGAGGUUGUCGACCUAGGAUGGAACGAGCCAAAGGAACUUGUCGCGAAGCCACUCGUCGGGGGUUUGGGCAACGAGGAUCUGUGGUUGUUGGUCCGCCGAUUCAACAAACAAAUGUACCAUGUCAAGGAGAUUCCAACAGCGCCCCCUGGGGGCUUGGACAUGAACAUCGCCGAUGAGGAGGAAUUUUCGCCAGACAAGCUCCGUGCAAAUAUUGAACGGUUGUACAUGACCAUCGGCAUUGGUCUAAUGGGAUUCGGCAAGCACAUCGUUCGCAUCCGCUCAUGGAGGGAGAGUCGUCGCACUGCAUGGUUCUGCUCCGCAUAUUUUGCUGCCUGGUUCCUCGACAUGAUUAUGCCACUGAUAGCGGUAACAUUAGUUACACUAAUUGUAUACCCGCCAGCUCGAGACACAAUGUUUCCGCCAGCACCUAUCGCCCUCGUCAGCUCCAAAGGAGGUGUGCAAAAACCUAAGUCUGGAACUCUGGGCAGUACCGAUAGUGCUACAGGGGCGCCUGAGAACCACAAAGGUGAGGCUGUCGAGCAAGAGGCUUCGAACUUCGUCAACGGUUUCGCGACGAUCGCGCUAUCGAGUGCGACCGGGAAACACCCCCAGGGAGAGCCUCCCGACGAAGACUCUCCUGAUAGCAGUGUGCCGGAUCCUACCAGAAUCGCUAUCAGUGCUGCGGACGCAAAGGAUCAAGCUGCCGGUGUCAAAUCAGACAAGCGCCACGACAAGACCAAGGUUCCGAUGGAGACUGCCAUGUGGACAAAGAUGAGGCCUAUCAUGCACGGAAUCGCAGACGUCACUGAUACGUGGGAGCGAUUCGCGAACAUGCUUGAACCAACCUCUCCGUUUCCAAAAGACAAGUUUCAUCUUCGACUCGCCGCAGUGGUGGCACCGCUCGUUCUUGUCUCAUUAUUUGUAACCUCGUACAUGUUCAUGAAAGGUGUCACCUUUAGCAUUGGCUUUGGCUUUUUUGGCGAUCCUGUCAUCCAACGAGGUCUGGCACUCCUGAACAGAAAAUUCCCUAAUUGGCAGAAACUACUUGAGCUCCGUAACACGCUGCUCAAGGGCGUGCCAACGAAUGCCCAACUGACCGUCACCCUCCUGAGAAUCGGCGAAGCAAACAAAGCCCCACUCCCACCACCCCCUCAUGUUGCACAACCGCCACCAGAGAAGCCUGUAGAUAUCAACGAAGAGGAGCUGCGCGCUACAGGUGCCGAUUGGCCACUCAAUGCAACACAAGAAGAGCUCGACGAAGCCAUGGCACACGAUCCUACCACUGCGCACGAGACUGGCGGUGAGGAUAUCGAUAAUGCCAAGGACAGUAAGCACGGCAAGAAAGGAACUAAGAUCCUCAACUUCUUCCGUGGCACCGUCAAAGGUGGCGUUGAAACCACGAUGACAGCCGACAAGGUCAAGGCCGCCGCCGGUUCCACUCAUGCCAAAAACAGAUUGGGUGCGGUACCACCCAAGGGAGUGGAUCUCACAUCCGGUCCUGUUGAGUUCAAAGCCCGUCAUGAUGGCAAGCGAGGCCAUGUUUACAUCACUACGAAGUCAACAAUUCCAUGCAUCGCCUUUUCCACGGAUAAAACCAUCGAAAAGAUUGGUAGCGCAGACAGAGAGGAUCUACAUCCGUCAUGGAGUCUUCCUGUUGGCGAAAUUAUGGAAAUGAAGAAGGUGGGUGGCUUCGGCUGGAAAGCAAAGUUGGUAGUUGGCUGGGCUAUGGGACGUGAGGUUGCUGAUGGCUUGAUCGUUAUUGACCGGCAGCUCAACGAAUACCGUAUAACAGCACUUCCGUUGAGAGAUGAGCUGUUCAAUCGGUUGGUAGCGAUGGGUGGUCAAAAGUGGGAGUGCUGGUAG